AUGGUACGAAUCAGUGAGGCGAUCACAAAAGACCACCAGGACUUAGAAUCCUUGUACAAAGCGAUUCUCACUUCUGAGGAUGCAGACGAGCAGAAGAGAUUCCAAGAUCAAUUUACUUGGGAGCUUGCAAGGCACGCCGUGGCGGAGGAGUUGGUAGUGCAUCCUGCAAUUGAGAAGGUGCUCCCCGAUGGAAAAGAAACCACCGACAGAGACCGCCGUGAACAUUCCACAGUCAAACAAUUACUUGAUGUUUUGCAAGACUUGGAAUGCUCUGAUAAAGAAUAUCUCCCAACUCUCACGGCUCUUAUGGAUGGCUUCACUGAGCACAUGAACCAAGAAACCAUCGAACUUCUUGAAUUGGAAAGCAAUAUCGCUACCAAGGAUAGUGAGAAACUUACCAAAUUGUUGAGACAGACCAAAAUAUUUGUGCCUUCUUCGCUGUACCAAGAGCCGCCAUGCGAGAGCCCCGCUGGGUUGCUUACUGCUCCCCUUGAUCACCUUCAGACUAUUUUCAGCAAAUGGCCACAGACUGAGGAUAGUCAAAAUCAGCCAGGUGGAUAG